AUGUCUGGUCGCGGCAAAGGCGGGAAAGGCCUGGGCAAGGGCGGCCCCGCCAUCCGGCGGCUGGCCCGGCGCGGCGGCGUCAAGCGCAUCUCCGGCCUCAUCUACGAGGAGACCCGCGGGGUGCUCAAGGUGUUCCUGGAGAACGUGAUCCGGGACGCCGUCACCUAC